GCGCUAGUGUUUGCUCAAACUUGUCUGCAGCUUUCUGAAGACAUGAGUCCUUAACGCGAGCAGCUCCAGCUUCAGAAGCUUCUGCACGUUCAGUUAAACUUCAGUCUCAGUCUUUGCUUGCACUUAAUGUCCAAUUGUGGAGAGUUUCACUCUUAACAGUACUUUUCAACGAGAUUGUCGCUUUAUGGGUGGACAUUAUGAAGUAACAUCAGCGGCUGCCUGUUUAAAGGGCUGACCCAUGUGAGGAGAGUGGAGUUCACACACACAUACAUACGCACACACAAACACACACAUGGACGGCAUGGCGUCUUUCUCCAGCACCUGUGGCUCUAAGGUGGACCGGGCGUCCCAUCGGAGAGGAGAAAACAGACAGGGGUCACCCAGUGACAGUGACUGCAGUGCUGUGCUUGAGAAGACCAGAGAGUUCUUCCAGAUUUGUGACAUCGAGGGCAAAGGCUUCAUUACACGACGGGACAUGCAGAGGUUAAAUGGAGAGCUUCCUCAGAGUGCUGAGGAACUUGAGAACGUCUUUGAUACUCUGGACACAGAUGCCAACGGAUAUCUGACCUUUGAGGAGUUCUCCUCCGGCUUUAGUGAAUUUAUGUUUGGUCCAGGUGUGGUGUCAGUAGAUCCACAUGCAGACGAGCAGCCGGUCUCAGGAAAGACUCCGGAAGUGCUCUAUGAGAGCCAAUGGGAGGAGAGACUCAGCAGGGGAGAGGAUGAUGAGGAGAAACACUUCUGCAUGCUAAUGGAGAACCUGGGGGCAAGCAACAUCUUUGAAGAACCAGGAGAGGUGCGGAGUCUUUGGGUGCAGCUUAGAAAAGACGAGCCUCACCUCCUGUCCAAUUUUGAGGAGUUUCUUGCCAGGGUCACUUAUCAGAUCAAAGAGGCCAACCAGGACAAGAAAGAGAUGGAGACGGCCCUUAAAAGAAAAGCGGCGACACAUGAUGAUGAAAUCCAGAGGCUGUAUGAAGAAAUGGAGCAACAGAUCAAGAAUGAGAAAGACAGGAUACUUUUAGAGGAUUCUGAGCGGUUCUUGUCUCGCAGUCAGGACUUGGAGCAUCAGCUUUCCACUAAAGAGAAGGAGCUGGAAAUUAUUUCUAACAAACAGAAACGGCUGGAGCAUCAGUGUCGAGAGCUGCACAGCGAGCAGCGGGAGACGGCCGUGGAGAAUGUUAAACUAAAGCAGUAUAAUGAGGACUUGAGCCGUGAGCUGGAGCACACCACCCAGGAGCUGAGUCUGGCCCAGGAGCAACUCAUGCUGCUGCAGGAACAGGCCUCACGCCUGCACGAGGAGAGAGAGAUGGAGAUUUAUAGAAUUACAGAAAGCCUGCAGAGAGAGAGGGCAAGUCUUCUCAAGCAGCUUGAUUUGCUAAGAGAAAUAAACAAACACUUACGAGAUGAAAGAGACAUAUGCUAUCAAAAACCAAAUACUUCUGCUGCAAAACUCUCAUGGAAACCGAGGUCUGAAUCAAUUACUAUGAAGCACUCUGAGCGGAAGCAGUCAUUUAUAAGCGAUGAGGAUGAAGAGGUUCUGCCGCAGUCUAAGCGGAAGAACAUGAUUGGUGAAAAUGGGCACAGUAUGGACCUGGAGGACAUGUUAGAUGGACGACCUCCUUCAAAACACCAGCUCCAGAGGAUCAUCUCCAUCGAGGAGGACCAUCUUCCUCAACUCCUUCAACAGGGUUAUCAGGCCCAGCUCAGAGAAUGGAGUGAAGAUGAGGAGUUGGAGGAGGGCAUGGACCUCCAGAUGAACAAUAUUUACCCCACAACUAGCACUCCGACCUCUGUUUCACCUCCUCCAGGAGUCGCACCCACACCCACCUCACCCAGGGGACAGCCUGUGGGCAAAGAGACAGUCCAGUCGGAGGAAGGGGCCAGUUCAGGUCCAGAUCGUCUGUUUAAGAUUGUUCUGGUGGGGAAUUCUAGUGUGGGAAAAACAUCUCUUCUACGUCGCUUCUGUGACAACUUUUUCCACUCUGGUACAUGUGCUACUGUAGGUAUUGACUACAGUGUGAAGACUCUGACGGUGGACAACAGCCAGGUAGCCUUGCAAAUGUGGGACACAGCAGGACAGGAAAGGUAUCGCAGCAUCACCAAGCAGUUUUUUCGCAAGGCUGAUGGUGUGGUAGUGGUGUAUGACAUCACUAAUGAGCAGACUUUCACAGCAGUGAGACAGUGGCUGGCCAGCGUGCAGGAGGGAGCAGGUGAGGACAUUCCCAUCAUGCUCCUGGGGAACAAGACCGAUCUAGACGGACAGAGAGAGGUUCCAUUAGGAUUGGCUGAGAAAUUAGCCAAGGACUUUCAGUUAAUUUUCUAUGAGUGCAGUGCUUUUUCAAGCAACAAUGUGACAGAGUCCAUGAUUCACAUGGCAAGAGUUCUGAAAGACCAAGAGGACAGAGAAAAAGAGAAAACUGUGUCACUAGUAGACAGCCACGCUAAGAAGAAGUCCUGCUGCUAGUAGAAAAUCACCCAUAAACACUGCAGAUCUUUCAAACCUUUUUGCUUCUGCAUUUUAGUAUGGUUUGGUGUUAAUGCUGAUCUGUUUUUCUUCCUCUUAUGUUCCCGUUUUCUCUUUUUGUAUGACCACUGUGGAGUUCAAAUUGUUUGGUCUUUUUAUAUACCAGUACCUCUUUACAGUGUGAAACGGACCAUUUUUACAAUAUCAAUUAGAUGUAGGGCUUUAAGUAGAGCACUAUAGUUUUGUGUAUUACUACAGUUGUCAAACGUUUCCCUAUCAAGGCCAUUUAAAUCACACUAUUGAAGUAAACAAACCUGUAUUUUUGUAUUGACAGUUGUUGUAAUUUAUCUUUUUAAUAUGAAGGUCUAAGAAAGUAUAUUUUAAAUGAGCAAAAUAUACACGCUAGUUUGUUUACAGCACAGUCAUUUGCACAAAUGUAUUAUUUAUUACUAAUGAUGAAUUGACUUAUUCCUUUAUUAUUCCUAGCAAGCAGACAUAUUGUGAAAAAUGGCUGUAAUCAGCAUGAAUAUUUUUAAUACACUGCCAUGCAGCCAACAUAUGGUUUGCAUAAGGAUUCGGUUUUAACAGGAUUUGGUGUUGUUCGCUUUACAGUACUGAAUAAACCACUGAUCUAUUGAAAUGGAUUUAGUCUAAUAUUGAUUUCAGAUCACUUUUUGAUUUGCAUUUUAUGUAUUGUGGCAACAGUAAUGUAUGUGUUUAUAUAUAGUCUGUAUUUGCUAUUUAAUGCAGUCAGUGUUAAAUCAGUUAAAAUGUCUCACUGCAGUUGUUGAUGUUCACACUUACCAUAAAUAAUUAGAGAUGCAGUAAUAGUCCACUAGAGAGUGGAUUUAUGCACAUUUGAGAUCAGGCCUAUGCUGUGUUUUCAGUAAUCACAAUAUGAUUCUUGAUCUGUAACUUGAGUUUUCAUAUUGAUUCACACAUAAUGUAUCUAUCACAGCUACUGUAUGACCACUGGGCAGAAUAACACUAGAUUUAAGCCUAAUUUCUCACUCAUUUAGUCUUAUAUAUGUUCCUGCUUUAUGUACACGUGUAAUGUGUAAAUACUAAAUAGAAAUGUAUUUUGAGUGAAAUGUUAAAAAUAAAGAAUACCUUGU